CUGAAUGGCACAUCGUCUGCGCAUGCAUUUUGCCGCAAGGAGAAGCAACACCGACCCUCUGUCUGAAAGCUGCAGCCAUGAGGUGGAGGACGGACUUGGGACACCUGCUCGGAGCCCGGCAGAGCCCCUGAGUCACCCCAACUCGUUUCACAUGAAAGUAACUCCAGGACAGCUGGCUCUUGGUCUGCCUCCUCUUUCACCAGAUUAUGGCAGCCUGCAACGCCAUACUACUGUAUUUGUACCCAAGGUGAACAGCAGCGGUGGGAACAGGAAGAGCACACUCCAGAUUUCCUUGCAGUCUUCCAGCAGGCAGAAUUUGGAUGGAGACGGUUGCAGUGGUGGGGGAGAGGAAACAGACCCUGGGAUUUGCGACGGCGGUGCUGGAGGCAACUCUGACGGGGGAUCGUGUAGCAGCAGCACGGCUAGCGAUGUCGGCUACUGCAGCAGCAACAGCAUAUUCGACUCGGAUGUCGCUGAGCGCAAGAUGUCCCACGAUAAAGGUACAUGCCGUCGGAGGACCAAGGCUCCUUUACGCCGCUGCUCCUCGCUGGUCAUUUUCCCACGUAGUCCCUGCACCACACCGCCGGCUUCGCCGGUCAGUCCCGUGGCAGCUCCUCUGCUGCCGCCGUCUAACCGAGGACCCUUUCAGACCUCACACCAGCUGCAGCUGUCCGCAGCAGAUUCGUCUCCGGACGAGCCCAAGGUCUCGGUCGCCUCAGCGGUGAAUGGUGUGAGACUUUCCAAGAGCAGCUGUCAGCCCGCCGAAGUUCGGGAUGCCAGGCCCAUCAUGCAUUUUAGCAUUUCGACUGACCCGAUGAUAAGAUCUGAACAAUCCGAAAGGCACUCCGGUGUCCUGGUGCACCCUGCAAACCAGCCCCCGCUUCCACCUGGGAAAGGAAACCCGGCCAGAACCGUGGUCAACGUCGACUGCUCUAAAUCCUCGGAAAAGUCAGAGGAAGCCAACACUAAACUUGGGAACCGUAAUCCGAAGCUGUACCGUAGCACUUCGGCCUGUAUGCUUCCCACGGGGAAGUUAUCGACGGAGAAGAGACACCACACUUGUCCGACUAUCGGCAAAUCGAACACGUAUCAGGAAAUCUGUUUUCACCGAGGCUUGCAGAGGAGUAUUUCCCUCGAGGUGCCCUUCUCGAACACUGGGAUAUCAUGCCAUAUGUCCAACACAAAACAGCCCAGCCGCAUGAAUGGCGCGGCACACGUGCAUAUAUACGUGUCCCGAGGGAAUGGUGUGAAAGCGCCCGACUCGCCAAAAGAUACCAGUGCCAAUGAUAAAAAAGAACUGGCUCUUACCAACUCUGGGACGCGUGAUGACUUUCUGGGUCAGGUGGACGUUCCUCUGCAUCAGAUCCCCACAGAAGCACCGGGCAGCGAGAGACCGUACACGUUCAAAGACUUUCUGCUCCAUCCGAGAAGCCACAAGUCAAGGGUCAAAGGUCACCUGAGGCUAAAGAUGACCUACCUGCCCAAGAGUGGUUCAGAGGAGGAGCAGACCGAGCAGGUCGAGGAAGUGGACCCCGGCUGGGAGUUCCUGGAGAGUCAGGAUGUGUGCGGGCCGUGCCAACCUCACCAGCUGCCCCCGCUGCCCCCUGGCUGGGAGGAGAGGCAGGACAACCUCGGCAGAACCUACUACGUCAACCACGAGAACCGCACCACACAGUGGCACAGACCCACAAUCCAGGACGUGCAGAGGGAGGCGGAGCUGACGCAGAGCACGCACGUACAACUUCCUUUCAUCACGCGCAGACAGAUCUCUGACCACGAUGAGAACAACGAUCGCAGGGAGUCUCCCGAGAGUUGGGAGAUCAUUACUGAGGACGAGGGCACUCUGUACAGCAGUCAGAAUCAGCUCUCUCCCCCUCCUCCUCAUUCACCGCUGGAUUACACGGCUUUCACUGAGGAGUUCUGCAGGUUACAGACGGGCAACGAGAACCGCACCUCUGUCACAGGUCACGGGAGUCGGAGAGGGAGCGCACCGUUGCUGACUGUAGAGGAACGUCCGGUUCAUCCUGUGAUGUUGCCCACGACCCCGGGUUUGCCCCCUGGCUGGGAGGAGAAGCAGGACAGUAAGGGUCGAGUUUAUUACAUCAACCACAAGAGCAGAAUCUCCACCUGGACCCGGCCACUUGUCCAGUUGAUCCAGCCCACUGACGGAUCCUCCUCGUCUGCGGCGGGCGGAGCGUGUGGUCGCUCUCCGAGCCCCACGGUGUACGCACCGCCCCAAGCCUCGCCCCAAGCCUCGCCCCUGCACUCGCCCGGCCCGCAGCAAUCGCACACCUUCGACUUCGCUGGCUCCAUGCUCCCGGGCUGGGAGGUCCGGGUCGCUCCGAACGGACGGCCGUUCUUCAUCGACCACAACACCAAGAGCACUACGUGGGAAGACCCCAGGUUGAGGAUUCCUGUUCACAUGAGGAAACAAGCCUCUCUCGACCCCAACGACCUCGGCCCGCUGCCGCCUGGCUGGGAGGAGAGGGUUCACAGUGACGGAAGGAUCUUCUAUAUCGAUCACAACACGAAGACCACACAGUGGGAAGAUCCCAGACUGCAGAACUCCGCCAUUACCGGACCAGCUGUGCCUUACUCCAGAGACUACAAGCAGAAGUACGAGUAUUUCCGCAAGAAGCUGAAGAAGCCAGGAGACAUCCCGAAUCGUUUCGAGAUGUCCGUGAGACGGAACGCUCUUCUGGAGGACUCAUACCGCCGCAUCCUGUCCGUCAAGCGACCCGACCUCCUCAAGGCCCGCCUCUGGGUGGAGUUUGCAGGGGAGAGGGGGCUGGACUACGGGGGCGUGGCCAGAGAGUGGUUCUUUCUCAUCUCCAAGGAGAUGUUCAACCCUUAUUACGGGCUGUUUGAGUACUCUGCUCUGGACAACUUCACGCUGCAGAUCAACCCAAACUCGGGCCUCUGCAACGAGGAUCAUUUCUCCUACUUCAAAUUCAUCGGGCGUGUGGCGGGGAUGGCCGUCUACCACGGCAAGCUGCUGGACGCGUUCUUCAUUCGACCGUUCUACAAGAUGAUGCUGCAGAAGCCGAUCACGUUACAGGACAUCGAAUCUGUGGACAGCGAGUACUUUAACUCUCUGAAAUGGAUCCUGGAGAACGACCCCACUGACCUGGACCUCCGCUUCACCAUCGACGAGGAGCUCUUUGGACAGACGCACCAGCACGAGUUAACACCAGGUGGCGCCGACGUCGUCGUCACCGACUCCAACAAGAAAGAGUACAUCCACCUCGUGAUGCAGUGGAGAUUUGUGAACCGGGUCCAGAAGCAAAUGUCCGCCUUCAAGGAGGGCUUCUACGAGCUCAUCCCGCAGGACCUGAUCAAGAUCUUCGACGAGAACGAGCUGGAGCUGCUGAUGUGCGGUUUGGGGGACGUGGACGUCAACGACUGGAGGGAAAACACCAAGUAUAAGAACGGCUACGGGCCGAACCAGCCCGUCAUCCAGUGGUUCUGGAAGGCUGUGCUGCUGAUGGAUGCUGAGAAGCGAAUCCGGUUGCUGCAGUUUGUGACGGGGACGUCUCGCGUGCCGAUGAACGGUUUUGCAGAGCUCUAUGGGUCCAACGGGCCGCAGUUAUUCACCAUCGAGCAGUGGGGGACCCGAGACAAACUGCCCCGGGCUCACACGUGCUUUAACCGUCUGGACCUGCCUCCGUACGAGUCGUUCGAGGAGCUCCGAGAGAAGCUGAACAUCGCCAUCGAGAACACUCAGGGCUUCGACGGCGUCGACUAGAGGCGUCACGGCGACGGCGUUACCGUGGAGAACGAGACACGGAGGACGUAGCGGGCGCACGCAGCACGUCGGGCGCUCGCGUCCGUCCGAGAUCGAGGAAGCCUGAUCUACAGAAAAUCCCCCCAUGCUAUUCUCACCACCGCUUCAAGCUCCGCGUCGCGAGCUCGCGGCUUCCCGCCACGUCUUCACUCCCGUACCCUCCCGUACCCCGAGUCCAUCUAACCGACAUGUACGUCUGUAUGUAGACGUAAUAAACCCCCGCAGGUUUGACCGUCAGCACAGAGAAUCUCUAUUGCACAAUCGCGUACGCUUCUUCCUGUGAACCUUCUUUGACGAUACUAUUCAGUCGUUUUCCUUUUUCCUUUUGUUGAACGAAGUAACAGCCUGUACAAUGCACAGUAAUUCUCCCGAUUAUAAACUCGCCUAGAAACGUAUAAAUCACAAUAUCGCUCGUGAUAUUAAUCCUCGUCAGCAGUGUUUUUCGGUGUUUCGAAGAAGAAGCGCUCGCAUGUGUGUGCCUCCAUCUCAGGGUUUGGUGGCAGUAUUGGUCAUAGACGCUCGCGUCUCCGUCUCCUCUUUCGUAUCGUUUGUCUGUUUUUAUUCCUCCGACGCUCUUUAAAAAAACGGCGUUUACGUGAACCUGGUUUACCAGCGUCUCGCUUCAGGAAGCGCAAGGUCUAUAAUGGUUUCUCUUCGUAUCAGAUUUUGUACUCGGUCUCCUUUAGAGGGUCUUUUAUAAGGAAUGAAUUAGUCUUAAUCCGCGUCCGGGUCUCGGCCGGCGAGCUCGUUCGUCCUCGUGUUCGGUUUCCGGAAGAAAUCCUCAGCUUGGCCUGUUUCUCGGAUAUGUUUACAUGCUGAGCAUAAGCACUUUCUCUUUCUCGCUAUAGAAUUCGAUCAGACUGUUAAACUUCAGUGCCCUCGUCUGUCUGCGAGAUCAGCCGAUCAGCUGUUUUGUCGCUCCGUGGUCAAACAAAUCCUCCUCGUUGUUGUUGUUCUCGUUGUUGUUGUUGUUUUUUUUUUCUUCUUCCCUUACACCGAUUAGGAAUUUCUGCAGUUUAUCCCUUUACGCAGAGGAGCAAACAUGUUUAGCACUUAGUAUAACGUUACCGUGUGAAGGACCAGGGGGCGAAAUGGAAAAUAAAUAAAACGAUCGAUAAAUAUCUUAAGAAUUCUAGUCUUUAGUCGCUGAUUAAAUAAUCCCAACAAUGCAAAAUUAUACGUAGAAAUAAAUAUCAGCUCUUGAGUAGUAUUUCUGCUUCAUAUCAGUUUUUUAUAGAUCGAAAUAUUUUAUAGGAAUCAACCGUUGAAUAAUAAAUAAUAAAUAUCAGAAUACAUACACGUUUUUUUUUGUUGUUGUUUAUUUUUAUUUUCUUCUUGAUAUUUAUAGUUUAUUUAUUACUGUUAUUUCAUUAUUAUUAUUAUUUUAUUUUAUUUUUUUUCCUGCUCUGGUCCACCAUUUUCAGCAAUAUAAGGGGAUUAAAUGUGUAUUAUAAAAGAAAACAUGCCUUUUAAUCUGGAAUAUAAAUCAUAAUGGUUUAAUCGGGUUACGUGCCAGUGUUCUGGCAGCAUAUUUUGGGGGAAACAAAUAAAGAGAAAUGGAAAACAUAUCUCUCCUGAUUCGUGCAGUUUGUUUCCUUUUUGUUUUUGUUUAAGCGCAAUCGUGUUUCCUCUCGGUGUGACUCGGUCGAUACGACGUGUCACCACAAGAGGGCGCUUUACUGCAGCAUAUUUACACACUACUGUGGUUUGUAGAUGGACUGCAUGAUAAGUGAGGAAGUUAUUAAACCUCACACACACACACACACACACACACACCGUUCAGAAGUUUGGGGUCUCUGAUCAUUUGAUUCAGUAAUCAUUACUGUAUGUUUAACUUUGACGAAUAAGAGCCAGUGUGUGUGAUUUGUACAAAGCUAAACGCUGAAAAUGACAACAAAAAAAGCUACAUCAUGUAUCAUUUAUUAAUUCCAUUUUUGUCUAAUAAAUAAUACGUUAUAAAUGA